AUGGAACCUUCUUUUCCUUCAAAAUAUAUAUCUACAUCUCAAGAAUUCCCUCUCCAUUUUCAUGGCAUUUUACGGAUGCACAAAGAUGGAAAAUGUGAAAGAUUUCUUGGAAAUGAUCUCAUCCCUGCUGGAUUCGACCCGCUAACAGGCAUCGAAUCUAAAGAUGUCAUCAUCUCAUUCGAAUCCAAUAUUUUUGUAAGGCUUUACAUUCCAAAAACCAUCAUUAUUCGCAAUCAUAAACUCCCCAUUGUGAUUUACUAUCAUGGUGGAGCUUUCGUGACUCAAUCAGCCGCAUCUUCAACUUACCACCCGACACUUAACUUAAUAACUAAACAAUCUAACGUGAUUAUCGUGUCGGUAAACUAUAGAUUGGCCCCAGAGUAUCCUAUACCAAUUGCGUAUGAGGAUUCAUGGGAAGCGGUCAAAUGGGUGGCUAGCCAUUCUAAAAGAGACGGUCCAGAGCCAUGGUUAAACGAACGUGCUGAUUUUCAACGCGUGUUUUUUGCUGGAGAUAGUUCAGGAGCCAACAUAGCUCACAAUAUGGCUAUUCGUGUCGGGCUAAACAAAUUUAAUGUUAUCAACCUCAAGGGUGUCAUUAUGCUUCACCCAUUUUUUGGAGGAAAAGACCCAAUUGGAGAUGAAAUUAUAGAUAAGAACAAGGAGUACAAAAUGUUAAUAGACCAUGGGUGGAAAUUUGCAUAUCCAUCAGGAAAUGGGUCAGAUGACCCAUUGUUUAACCCGGCCAAGGACCCUAAUAUUUCAAGUUUUGGGUGCUCUAAAAUACUUCUGUGUGUUGCCGAGAAGGAUAGAUUAAGAGAUAGGGGUCUUAAUUACAAGAAGGUGAUGGAGAAAAGUGGAUGGAGAGGAAAAAUUGAGCUAAUUGAGAACAAAGGAGAUGACCAUGUGUUCUUUUUAUAUAAUCCUUCAAGUGACAAUGCUAGAGCGAUACGUGAUAGAAUUUGUUCAUUUAUCAAUAUUCCAAUUCGUUGCAAAGCGUAAUUGUGUUUUUAAAUCCAUGCAACGUUGAAUAAGGGUUGCACGGUUAAUUAGGUCUUGACUCUCGAGGGGCUGUUAAUUUGGAGGAGCUAAGACCUAUUAAGAUCAAGAAUUAAAUAAAUACUCGUACUUGGUAGUUUGUUUAAUAAGUUUCCUAACAAGUUUAAUUAGUUUCUAAAUAUAAGUCGUGUAUCAGUUUGGCA